AUGCCGCCCCACCGCCUCCUCCUCCCCCUCCUCCACCUCCUCCUGCCCCUCGGCCUCGGCCUCUCCGGCGCCGCCGCUGCCGGAGGGAACGCCACGUCGGCGCCGCUCGCCUGCUCCGAGCUCUCGCGCGUCUGCACGGCCUUCCUCGCCUUCCCGGCUGCCGGCGCGGGGGCCGCCAAUGCCACGCUGCUCGAGUCCAUGUUCGACGCCGCGCCGGGGGACCUCACGGCCGACGCCGCGGCCAGCCCGGGGUACGCCUUCGUGCGUAAGAACUGCUCCUGCCUCCCGUCCCGCACCUACCUCGCCAACACCACCUACACCAUCCCCUCCUCCGCGACGGUCUCCUCCCCCAAUGCCACCGCCGCCGAUGUCGCGGCCGCGGCGUACGCGGGCCUCGCCGUGCCGCCGCCUGGCGGGGCGGCGCAGCGACCGCCGCGACCGGGGCGGUUGUGGCGCUCCACCUGCUCUGCGGCUGCUCGUCCGGGCCCUGGAACUACCUUCUCAGCUACGUCGGCGUCGAGGGGACACGGUGGAAUCACUGUCGAGUAG